AUGUCUGCGAGAAAGAAGAAGCUUCAGUCUUCUGCUCCGCCGACGAAGCCGCCCUCUGCGGCGGCUGUGACCACCAAGUCCACCACGCCAACAAGCUUGCCAGCAAACACCCCCGUUUCUCUCUCCUCCACUCUUCCAUCAAAGACUCCCCACGCUGACAAGCGUGCUUUUCUUUUUUGUAAAGAGGAUCGAGCAAUUCUUUGCAGAGAAUGUGACAUUUCAAUACACAAAGCUAACGAACAUACCCAGAAGCACAAUAGGUUUCUUCUUACUGGGGCUGAACUCUCUCCUUCUUCUUCCUUGUACUCAUCAUCAUCAUUGUCAUCCAAUGGAUCUUCAUCUAAUGCUGGGCAUAAUGAAACUGAAACUGAGGUCAAAAGCUCAGUGGUCACCACAGCAAGACCUUACGAGAUUGAUGACAAUGGCGGUGUAAGCUUAAACCAAGAGGGUGCUUCAAUGGCAACUAGCAGCAUAUCAGAGUACUUGAUGGAGACUUUGCCUGGAUGGCACAUUGAAGAUUUUCUUGAUCCUUCGUCUUCUUCACCCUUCCAUGGCUUCUACUCUUCAUGAUUUGUUGUUUCCGUUUGCGGAUCAAGAUUUCAAAAGCACUUUGGGAUUGUUUUGGUCAGAAGAUUUUGGCAUUUGGUUAUCUCAAGCUCUACCUUUAUCGUCAUCUUCCCAUUACCUCGCAAGAAACGUUGACAGUUUUUUUGUAGAAAUAUAAGCGAAG